ACUUUUCUGUCCUCGUCCUCGUCCUCCCUCGUACCUUCUACCAGUUCACUCUGUCUGUCGUUGACCUACCGUACGCUCAAUCCGGAAUCAUCUAGCAAUUCGCAUCUUGGAAAAAGGAAGAGAAGAUCAACCAUUCUAAUCAAUCAUCAAUCCAUCCAUUCCUCGCUUCGCUUUGCACUUACUCCCAAAAGGUACGACAUUCACCUGCACAUUCCGCCUCAUUUCCCCGCCGAAGAACGUGGCUAUUCUAUAUUCACUCCAAGUAAACAAGACAAUCCGGGAUUACAGCUAACAGGCCUCCAGAUAUUAAUUCCAAACCCUCUCCGAACUCCCCAUCCCCCAACUUUAUAAUCAUACGCUUCCGACAAGAUGCCUUCGUACAAGUCCAACCUUGCUGUUCUAGCAACUGCAAUCUUCUACUUCAGUGGAGAUGCUCAGGCACAAUAUAACAUCGAUCCUAAAACCGUUCCUCUCGCCACUCGUCAAUCUUGGUGCACCUCCCAACGAAGUGCUUGCCCAUUGCUCUGUAUGCAAUUGACUGGAACUUCCUCCACCACCCGAAGAAACGACUGUGAUCCUGUAUGUAUUGCCUGUCAAAACAUUGAAUGCCCAUAUCUAAUUUCUACCAGCCAACUCUUGUUUUCAACUGCAUCUGCGGUAAUGGAUUAGCACCAAACGCCUCCGAAUUCUCUCAAACAAUCCCAUACUUCGAGUGCACAGAGUUCGGUUCCGCCUGUGUUAGAAACUGCAAUGGUGACGCAACAUGCCAGUACAACUGCAGAGCCGACAACCCAUGUGGUGCACAAAACCCAAUUAAAGUAAACACAUCAACCAUUACCACAAUGUCAGCAACAGCCACAGGAGGCCCAGGACAAGCCACAAAUGCUGCUGGUGCCUUCACUGGCCUCGGAGGAGCUCCAGCAGAAACAGCUGCUGCCGGUGGAGCAGCCGGAAGCAGUGGUGCUGAGUCUGCUUUGAACUUGGGAAGAUCAUAUGGUCUUGCUGUUAUUUUCGCAGGUGUCUUCGCCGGAUUUACAUUGAUUAUGUAAAUGAGGUCUGGGUUUGGAUGACUUACAUCAUGAUUGGAAUGCGAAAACGCAUCUCUACAUGAACCAGUCUUUUGUUUUUAUUGGUCGUUGCAUAUGUUAGGUCUUUGAGCAUUUUAGCGUUGUCUCCACCUCUCCAUUUCGAGAGCCAAAAUUGGGGCAUUAGGGUAAUAAUGUUUGGCCAUGGGGUGCCAUCCAAAAACCUUCUUAAUACAGUAAUGAGAAUAGUGAUUGGGGCACAAGCAGAUGUCACUCCUUAGGUACUGGGGAUAUUGUCACUGUGGAUAGUGGACAGUAAAUGGUAGCUGGGUAGCUUAUAGAAAAAUCCAAAAAGUCUAUCCGCAA